AUGCUCGAGCUGGUUGUAUAUCUUAUUGUUAAUGAAGACAGAAUUGGUUGUUCAAGUCCGCAAACAUGUAAAGAAAUAUGUGGUAAUGAAGCAUCGUGUACCGAUAUAGCGUAUCCAUUGAUUGUUAUUGAAUUGAUACCAAGAGGUUUACGUGGUCUUAUGCUUGCUUGUAUGAUUGCAGCAUUAAUGACUUCAUUAACAUCGAUAUUUAAUUCAUCAUCAACUAUAUUUACUAUUGAUAUAUGGCAACGUUUUCGAGCUAGAGCACUACAAUUGGAAUUAUUGAUAGUCGGAAGGUAA